UUAUCUUCUUGCUUAAAGAUUUUUUAAUCAUCAUAUUUGAAGCCCUUUAAGUUGAUGCGUUGAUUUCAUUUUUUUCUGAAUAACCCUCUGGAUUAACUCGUGUACUACACAGAUGUAUGAAAAAUAGAUCAAAUGUUUCCCUAGUUCCCCUUUCACACCUCUUUGCCCUACUCAUCGCACGAUUUAAACCCUUAUAUAAAGAUUUAGACAAUUCUGAGCAAGGAGAGAACCAGAGUGGUGGCGGCGGCUCUUGCUCAGCAAGUGUGCGUGCACAGCGUACUAAAGGUUUUGGGGGAAAUUUUGUUUUUAUUUGCUCGUUGCAGUUUGGAAAGCACGAUAAUUCCUCACGUCCGCACCUUCAAGAAGGGUUGAAGGAGGAUUGGGGCUAAGGUUCGCAGCGAUGGCUGAACAGACGGAGAAAGCUUUUUUGAAGCAGCCUAAAGUUUUCCUCUGUUCUAAGAAGUCUGGGAAAGGGAAGAGGCCCGGUAAAGGAGGCAAUAGGUUCUUUAAGAAUAUUGGACUUGGCUUUAAAACUCCUAAAGAAGCCGUUCAAGGGACAUACAUUGACAAAAAAUGCCCAUUCACUGGAAAUGUGUCAAUCAGAGGUCGUAUUCUAACUGGAACAUGCCACAGUGCAAAAAUGAAUCGCACAAUCAUUGUUCGCCGCAAUUACCUCCAUUUUGUCAAGAAGUAUCAAAGGUAUGAGAAGAGGCAUUCAAACAUACCAGCGCAUAUUUCACCUUGUUUCCGUGUGAAGGAAGGGGAUCAUGUUAUAGUUGGGCAGUGCAGACCUUUGUCCAAGACUGUUAGAUUCAAUGUCUUGAAGGUGAUACCAGCAGGUUCUAGCAGUGGGUCAGCGAAGAAAGGUUUCGCAGCAAUCUGAUUAUACCUAUAUAAAACUAUGGCUUACUUUAUGAUUUUGUUAAGUAGCACUAAGAAAUGCUUUAUGGCAGUCUUUUGGGGAGAGAAAUAUUUGAUUCUAGUUUGUUGAAUAUUUUCUUGUUUAAUUUGAAAUCAUUUUUGAAA